CUCCUCCUCCCUCCUUGAAGCUCCUGCCCCCCGCGCGCCUCAUUUGCGCCAUUUUGUGGGAGAGCGGUGGUGAUUGGGUUUCUGCGCGCCGUACUGGAGCCAAUCAGAGGGACACCGGACAACAGAGACACGGCUGGUAAAAUUUGGGAGUAAAAUGGAGCAGUACAACUCCACGACAGGUGGGGAGCAGAUAGUAGUCCAGUCAGCUAAUGGGCAAGUCCAACAGCAGGCACAGGGCACAGUUACAGCUGUACAGCUGCAGACCGAAGCGCCUGUCGCUACAGCGGCGGGUCAGCAAGUGCAGACCCUCCAGGUAGUCCAAGGGCAGCCCCUGAUGGUGCAGGUCAGUGGAGGUCAGCUCAUCACCUCCACUGGGCAGCCCAUUAUGGUGCAGGCCAUGUCUGGAGGCCAGGGCCAGACCAUUAUGCAAGUGCCCGUCUCUGGAGCUCAGGGCCUGCAGCAGAUCCAGUUGGUGCAGCCUGGACAGAUCCAGCUGCAGGGGGGUCAGACACUGCAGUUGCAGGGACAGCAAGGCCAGGCUCAGCAGAUCAUCAUCCAGCAGCCCCAGACUGCUAUCACUGCCGGACAGAACCAGGGCCAACAGAUCACAGUACAAGGUCAGCAGGUUGCUCAGACUGCCGAAGGUCAGACUAUUGUGUACCAGCCUGUAAAUGCAGAUGGCACCGUCCUACAGCAAGGCAUGAUCACUAUCCCAGCAGGCACUCUCACUGGCACUCAGAUCGUUCAGGCAGCAGGGGGCGCCAACACCUCCACUACCAACAGCGGCCAGGGAACAGUCACGGUCACGCUGCCCAUGUCUGGAAACGUGGUCAACACUGGAGGGAUGGUCAUGAUGGUCCCUGGAGGAGGCACCGUACCCACCAUCCAGCGCAUCCCUCUGCCUGGGGCUGAGAUGCUGGAGGAGGAGCCGCUGUACGUCAAUGCUAAACAGUACCACCGCAUCCUGAAGAGACGGCAAGCCCGCGCCAAGCUGGAGGCUGAGGGCAAGAUCCCCAAAGAGAGGAGGAAAUACCUGCACGAGUCCCGGCACAGGCACGCCAUGCAGAGGAAGCGCGGAGACGGCGGCCGCUUCUUCUCACCAAAAGAAAAAGAGGAGAUGCUUCUAGCCGGGCAGGUGGUGCCGGAGGACAAUCAGGGCGGAGAGGAGACAGUGGCCCAGAUGAUUCGUGUUUCGUAGCAGCAGGUUGAAGAACGACCUUCACCUUCUCCUCUUCACUUUCCUCCUGAAUAACUCCUGAAGAAGCCCCUUGGAAAUACAACCAGCCCCCAAAAAUGGAGAAAAAAUAAAUACAGUGCAUAUUGUGAAACCAGCACUUAGGCCCUGUUCACACUACACGACUUUAGGCCUGAUUCGACUGUAUUUAGAGGCUUCCAUUAAAACAACACUUUGUUGUUUGCUCGUUUUUUUCGGUGUGUAAACUGGUUAAAAAGAAAGGUAUGAUCCGAGUGAACAGUAAAUAUCUAGCAGGUUGAAAAUCUGCACCUGUGGGCGACUCUAAAUUCGGUACUGUGAAAAGUGUUGCAACUGGACGACUUGCUAGAGCACGGGGUGAGGAGAAAGCCGAGUCUUCAUCCAUUAUUUUUUUUUGUACUUAUUCAUAUUCUUUUGUUUUAUUUCAGCGUGCUUUCGCUGUAAAUCAGCACACAGACAAUGUUGUAUUGUAUACAUCUGGAAUAUGGUAGCACCUUAGUGCUUAGUGUUUUUGCAUAUGUUUUUGGCUACGUUCACACAGCAGGCAAGUGAAAGUGUCGCAAAUAAAUAUAUUUAUUAAAGGCUGUUUACGCAAUCUUUUAAAGGUGACCCAUAUGUGACAUUUGCUUAAGCAGUUCAUGUUUCUAAACUGAGUGCAUGCUCAAAAUUACAGCGCUUCAAGUGAAGUUUCGGUUUCAUCUUUUUACAGAAUCUCAGCAGCUAUACAGCAUUUUAUCUCACUGUGAAAAAUGGACUCAGAAAAAUUACUCAGCCACGGACAUUAAUUUGAUUUGGUUUGUGUCCUUGGUUUCUUUUAAGCUGUUUAUUUUCCAUUCUCACUGCAUUCGGCCAUUUUUUAUGUUAAAAAACACAGUGAUUGUGAUACUAGCCUUCUAAUUCACACUGCCACAUAAGUGACGUCUGUCACGGAUUUGUGCCACAUUUACCUGCUGUGUGAACGCUGCCUUUGCCGUGUGUUCCUCUUGGUGAGAGACUCUUGUGUAAUCCAUGAUUCUGUGUCGCCGAUUACAACAUUACAAGUUGACGACUCUGAAACUCGUGUAGUGUGAACCUGACAUUACUUAAUGCAGCUCCAGCCCAGUGUCUUUUGCCUCCUCUUUGCACGUUCAGCCAUAAGUGAGGGCCUGGAUUUAAUCCUGGUUUUAACCAGUGCCAGUAGUGACAAGCAAAAAGGAGCAUCAUUACAUUACCUUCAGAGAUUAGCCAAUAAUUCGGUUUGUACAAAAGCUAAACUACAAGGCUAACGGGAAAACACAGGCUUGGAUAUCUGUGAUAUGUUCUUCAGAACUGACCAUAGAACAAAUGUACUGGGGUUAGUUGUUAGUGUAUAAAGAUUAUUUUAAGUUACUCAGAUUCAUAAUUUUGUCUCCUGCUUGUUUUUUUGUCAUGUGGCGCUUUUGCAUAUGAACCAGAAAAAAAAUGUUUUAAAAAGUAAGAUGGGUAGUGAGGGUAGCGAGUCAUGUGACCCAGUUAGUGCAAAACUGUGUUGUUGUUUUUUUCUUGUUGCAUAAUAACCCAAAGUGUAUUGGUAUAUUGUGUGAUCUGUGUAGUUGGUGUUUUUUUUUUUUGUUUUUCUUCAGUGAAAGAAUGUGUUGAAAAGGGGAAUGAAGAGGGGUGGGUUAAAGCAUGGAAUUUUGCAAUUCAUCCCCCUGUUCUCCAAGUGGGGGCUUCUUUCUGCCUCUGGCCCACAGCCUUGUACAUUUAUUGCUUGUAACAUGAACACUUUUUUACAUUCAAAUUUUGAUAAUCUUAAUGGAAUUUGUAAUUUAGAUGAAUUAGAGGAAAGUUGUCAUACCGCAAAAUCUACCAUUGUUCUCUGUCGCCGAUGGUCUUUUUGCACUACACGUCUUCCCAUCUUAUUUGAAACAGCCAUUUUUUAAUCCCUCUCCCCUAAUUCUGCCCUGGCAGGUAAAUGUAGAUACUUUUUUUGAGGAAUUACGUUAGACGUUGAAGUCUUUGAACAUGCUGUAUUUUGAUUAAAUUGUGUCCGGUCAGUGGCAAACAUCCA